CCGAUCUUGGCGAGAAUUCUGAGUUUUGGGAAAGCUGCAUUAUAAAUUUUCUGGAGAUACGAAAAAAGCUAAAACCUUUCUUAGGUGUGGGUCCUAUUAAAGUAGGACUUGUAGGAGUACUGCAAAUACCAGUAAAGAGACCAAUGACCCCCUAUUGCACCAUAUAUGGUGCAGGCAUAUAUACUUGAAUUUUAAUUUCGUACUUUUAAUUUUAUAUAACAGUGGACGAAGAGUGUUUUCUUUUUUAGCUGUAACUCAGUGCUUAGUGCUUUACGUUGCCAUCGUGAUAAAUCCGCAAUAUUUCAUGAGCUGGCGGACAAUAUCAACAAAAACUUCAUUUACAAGGGUUCUUAUUGCAGUCCCAUGCAUUUGGUAACCCGAAAAACCCUAUAAACCUGUAGUUGCACAUAGGCGUUGAUAAGCUUUCUUUUGUUAACACCAACUAACAAGCUGAAUCUGCUUAUAAGUACUACACCCAAUAUAGGGUGGCGACAAUCGAUUUGCUUGUAUGAAAUGUCUCCACUGUAUGUAGACGUUUAUCAUGUUCCCUCUGCAUAAUAACAAAAGCUCACCUACAAUGUACUUUUGUAUUAAACAAAUAUUUAGACUAACGCUUAUCUUGGGUAAAAUUGUUAUCUAACUCAGUACUCACAGGUCAUUUCCAUAGAUCCUUCAACUACCAGUAGUUUCUUAAGAAGCAUUUGUAAAAUGUAUUCAAUAAGAGUAAGUCGCUGUAACGACUUACAUACAAUUACAAUAGCACUAGUUGUUUGGGCCCUAAUAAUGGGGGAACAGGGUUGUCUUCAUGUUAAAGGAUCGUGUUGGCGAAAUUCCUGGUUACGAAACCAACCUGGUUACUACCCACCACAUUUACCUUCAUCUACUGGUAAAACUUUAUGACAAAACUUGAUAUUAAUCAUACUGUUAUGCUAACGCUGUUGUAAACACGUUUAAUUUGGAAAGCCGAAUAUCUUAUAAGUUUAUGUAUCAAGUACUCAGAAUGCUCUCUAUCUAGUAUGGAUGAUAAUGAUGAUGCUCCAUUAGAAACGUCAUUUAAGGAAUUUAAGAGAAAGAAAAUAUAUCUAACAGAAAACCUUAAAAGUGUUUAUCAAGACGGUAUUCAAUCGUUGAAACGUAAACAAAAUCGCAAGAGUGACCCUAGAUUUGACCCUAGAGUUGAUGGUAUUUGUCACGUUGAUGAUUGGGAAUUUUUAGAAGAUGAAAGAGCGAAAACCUUAAAAAAACUAAAAAAGAUGCUGCGUCAGAAUUUAGACCCGAACAAACGUAAGGAAGUGACGGAUGCGUUACAUUUGGUAAGACAGCGAAUAGCCACAGCAAAAGAUAGAAAAUUCCGUAAGCAAUUCAUGGAUAAACUGCAGAAGGAACAAAUUGAAAACUUGGAAUCAGGGAGAUCCGUUCGUUUUAUUCCUCGAGCGGAACUCCGUAAACUCGUUCAGAAUGAACGUCUGGCACAAAUGAGUAAACGGCAAAAAGAGCGGUAUUUGAAUAGGAAAAAAAGAAGAUUUACUUCGGAUGAUAGAUAAAUUUAUUUAUAUAUUCUGCAUAUAGUUUUCCUAAAUGAUACAUUCGAAUCGCCCACUGUAAAUUACUGUACAUUUGUAAAAAUUAUUAUCUCAUCCCAACAAUGUAUUCUUUGUCCUCUAUCAGUAUCUGUUUUUUUUGUUUAUAUAUAUAUCGGUAACAUUUUAGUAUUCGGUUCAUACUGAAACUACACGAUCACAAAUUUCAGCAACAUAUGUAACAAUGAAUGUUUAAGUUGAAUUUUACCACUUUCCAAUUGAGCAUAUUAACAGUGUCCUUGCGUGUGUUCAAAGUAUUUCUGAAACAACUUGAUUAAUAAAUUAUAUGUAUAACUUUAUUCCCAUUAUUCUUUCAAUUUAUUAAUCUUAAUUUUCUUACGUUAGGAUCAGUCCUCAGUGAUUGCUCUUUCAAAUGAAGUGAUUUUUAGCUCUAUAGAUAUAAAAAGACUAUUAUAUAAUUUUCCGUUUAAA